AUGUACACAAACAUCGCAGGCGAGAAAGCAGUCACCACCCUGCUGGAGGUAUUGGAACGAGAAGAGGAUAUUCUGGAGGCAGAGCGGAUAGAGAAGGAGUUGUUAACGCGACUGAGCAACCUGACAGUAAGUACCAUAUAUAUUACAUUCAACGGCAAUAUCUGUGAGCAAAUAUUUGAACUACCGAUGGGAUCUCCAUCCCCAUCUCCUUUGGCAAAUGUAUACAUGGACAGAUUGGGGAAAGAAUGUGAGAAGUCACCGCUGCAACCAAGAGUGGUUAUGCGAUAUCUGGACGACGACUUUACACUUUGA